AUGGCCGGUCUGGUAUUACUGCUCAACCUGGUCUGUGUCGCCGCUGGGCAGAACCUGACCCAAGAGCAAGGGUUCAAUGCUCGGCGGACCCUAUCUAUUGGCUACAUUAUCUUCCCCGGAUUUGAGCCACUAGACGUCUAUGGCCCCCUCGAAAUUCUCUUUGAAGCAUGCGUACCAUUAUGCGACCCUUGUCUAGAUGUCUCACUCUCCUACAACUACAAGAUGACGCUGGCCACCAUCGCUCAUACUACCGGUCCUAUUUCCUCCCGCAUCCCGCCCCAGCGCAUGGACGACAACGACUCAUCAUCACCCCGCGAUGACUUCGGCUUUAUGCUCGGCCCCUCCAUGCUGGCCACGCACACCUUCGAGGACGCCCCCGCCCUCGACGUCAUCAUCGUCCCGGGCGGCUUGGGCAACUCGGCGCUGAUCCAGGCCAACGACACCGCCAUCGAGUCCUUUAUCGCGCGUCGCUUCACCGCCGCAGACUAUGUGCUCAGCGUGUGCACCGGGGCCGUCAGCCUUGCUCGCGCGGGGGUGCUUUCUGCGUGGGCGACGAGCUACGGAGACAACGUUACGUGGGUCCCGAGUGCGCGCUGGGUUGAAGACGGGAAGGUGUGGACCAGCUCGGGGGUUGCAGCGGGGAUGGACAUGACGUAUGCGUUUUUGAAGCAUCUGUACGGGACUGAGAUGCUUGACGCGGUCAUGAACGGUAUCGAGUAUGCCCCGCAUGUCGAUCCUCACUGGGAUCCGUUCUCUGUUGUUCACGACGUUCCUGGUGCGGAUAAAAACAGGUCACUGGGUGACUGUAUCGCUCCGGUUGGAUACGCUGCAACAUGUUCUUGACCAUCACGAGACAGAAAUACGCUCAAUAAUAAGCUUAGGGCAAUAUCCAGACAGCAAU